AUGGGGAGAAGGCGUCUUGAGAAAAACCUAAACAACGCGAUCAAUUGUGAAAAGGCUAAAAACGUGAAAAAUGGAAAAAUUGGAAAAAACACAAAGAGCGUAAAAAAGAGAAAAAGAAAAAAGAACUCCGACACAGAGGACGACGAUGACAUUGAGAUAGCGAACAUGAAUGUUAAUUUGAAUCGAAAUGUCGCAGUAUCAUGUAAAUUUAAGCAGAGAGAAAAAGUGGACAUAAACUUGAUUCUAGCACAGGAUGAAGCCGAUGCGUCUAAAACGAAAAGUUACUGCUGGACGAAGGUUAAUGGAGGCAGAAGUUCCCUCACUCGAAGAAAAUUUUGCAUCGUUUGCGGAUUUGAAGGAAAAUACAAGUGUUUAAAAUGCUACGAACAUAAACCAAUUUCAUAUAUUAGAUACUACUGUUCGUUGAAUUGUAAAAAAGUUCACGACGAAUCUUCCUGUUGUAAGAAUAAGAUGUUGGAUAUAUGGUGA